UGGUUAUCUCAUUUUCUACUUGAAACUACCAAAAAGCUUCUUGCUUGGUUGUCUAUUUCUUAACCCCAUUUGAUUUCUUGAUCUAUUCAUCCAUGGCUGCAACCACCAUUAUCUCUCCUUCUUCAAUCUCUGUUCGGUCUGGUCUCAAGGGAAAUGACAGUUGGUCUGGAACUUCUUCGUUGUAUGGUAACACAACUACACUGACACAUCAAAGAAAGUCUAACCAACAAAGAGCUCAGCAGAAGUUAGCGGUUUGUGCGCAGUACAAUGAUCGUAGUACUGGAGGCAGUGGUGACUUCGCUGCUGGUUUUCUUUUGGGAGGUGCUCUAUGUGGUACACUAGCAUACAUAUUUGCUCCUCAGAUAAGAAGAUCUCUCUUAAAUGAAGAUGAGUAUGGAUUUAGGAGGGCAAAGCGGCCCAUAUACUAUGAUGAAGGUUUAGAGAAGACCAGACAGACUUUGAAUGCUAAAAUAAACCAGCUUAAUACUGCAAUUGACAACGUGUCCUCGAGGUUGAGAGGUGGGAAUAACGUGCCUCAGGUGCCAAUUGAGACUGAUCCGGAAGAAGCUACCAUGUGAAAAAGAUUAUUACGAUUUCAAUCUCACUCUGGCAGGGAAAAGACCGAUCUGAUUAAAAAUGGUAUCUACUACUUGAGGUUGCAAAAAUGUGCUGAUAUUUUGGAAUCUAUGGUUUACUUUUAUCCCUUACAUAAAGAAGUUAUGUACACUUGAUGAUCAUAUCUGCUAUUCUAGUAAUCAUUUUGUAUCAUCUGUGCUUAUAAAUUGUCUUGAAUGAAAUGUUAUUUUUCUUCU